UGUGCACAGCAGGGCAUAUACUUCUCUUGUCUUGGUUGGAUGCACAAAUCUGUGUGCAGUGCCUUUUGCCCGUUGCCUAGACGAUCACUCGGUUUCUCUGAGGAUGUCUGGUUCUCGUAAAGAGUUUGAUGUGAAGCAGAUUUUGAAAAUCAGAUGGAGGUGGUUUGGCCAUCAAGCAUCAUCUCCUAAUUCUGCAGUUGACAGCCAGCAGGGAGAAUUUUGGCAUCGAGGACAGACUGGAGCAAACGGAGGGAGAAAGUUUUUAGAUCCAUGUAGCCUACAAUUGCCUCUGGCUUCAAUUGGUUACCAAAGGUCCAGCCAACUGGAUUUUCAGAAUUCACCUUCUUGGCCAAUGGCAUCCACCUCUGAAGUCCCUGCAUUUGAGUUUACAGCAGAAGAUUGUGGCGGUGCACACUGGCUGGAUAGACCAGAAGUGGAGGAUGGCACUAGUGAAGAAGAAAAUGAAUCUGAUUCCAGUUCAUGCAGGACUUCCAAUAGUAGCCAGACAUUAUCAUCCUGCCAUACUAUGGAGCCUUGUUCAUCAGAUGAAUUUUUCCAGGCCCUUAAUCAUGCUGAGCAGACAUUCAAAAAGAUGGAAAACUACCUGCGACAUAAGCAGCUGUGUGAUGUAAUUCUGGUCGCUGGUGAUCGCAGAAUUCCAGCUCACAGAUUGGUGCUCUCCUCUGUGUCAGACUAUUUCGCUGCCAUGUUUACUAAUGAUGUCAGAGAAGCGAGACAAGAAGAAAUAAAAAUGGAAGGUGUAGAACCAAAUUCACUAUGGUCCUUGAUACAGUAUGCAUACACAGGCCGCCUUGAAUUAAAAGAAGAUAAUAUUGAGUGCCUGUUAUCCACAGCUUGCCUUCUUCAGCUUUCACAAGUUGUAGAAGCAUGCUGUAAGUUUUUAAUGAAACAGCUUCACCCAUCCAACUGUCUUGGAAUUCGAUCUUUUGCUGAUGCACAAGGUUGUACAGAUUUGCAUAAAGUGGCUCACAAUUAUACUAUGGAGCAUUUCAUGGAAGUAAUUAGGAACCAGGAAUUUGUAUUAUUACCAGCCAGUGAAAUUGCAAAGCUCUUGGCCAGUGACGACAUGAACAUUCCCAACGAGGAAACAAUACUGAAUGCACUUCUGACUUGGGUUCGCCAUGACUUGGAACAGAGACGGAAAGAUCUCAGUAAACUUUUGGCUUAUAUUAGGCUCCCACUUCUUGCACCACAGUUCCUGGCAGACAUGGAAAACAAUGCACUUUUUCGGGAUGAUAUAGAAUGUCAGAAACUCAUUAUGGAAGCAAUGAAAUACCAUUUAUUACCAGAGAGACGGCCCAUGUUACAAAGUCCUCGAACCAAACCUCGGAAGUCAACUGUUGGUACAUUAUUUGCAGUUGGAGGAAUGGACUCAACAAAAGGAGCAACAAGCAUUGAAAAGUACGAUCUUCGAACCAAUAUGUGGACUCCUGUCGCAAAUAUGAACGGGAGGCGACUGCAGUUCGGUGUCGCCGUGUUAGAUGACAAACUGUAUGUCGUUGGAGGCAGAGACGGACUGAAGACCUUGAAUACAGUGGAGUGCUACAACCCCAAAACGAAAACGUGGAGUGUGAUGCCUCCUAUGUCCACACACAGGCAUGGCCUUGGCGUGGCUGUAUUGGAAGGCCCCAUGUAUGCAGUAGGAGGGCAUGAUGGCUGGAGCUAUCUGAACACAGUGGAAAGAUGGGACCCGCAGGCUCGCCAGUGGAACUUUGUUGCCACUAUGUCCACCCCCAGGAGCACCGUAGGUGUGGCAGUCCUCAGUGGAAAACUUUAUGCAGUUGGUGGACGUGAUGGAAGCUCUUGCCUCAAAUCAGUAGAGUGUUUUGAUCCGCAUACCAAUAAGUGGACACUGUGUGCACAGAUGUCCAAAAGGAGAGGUGGCGUGGGAGUGACUACCUGGAAUGGGCUUCUCUAUGCUAUUGGCGGGCACGAUGCUCCUGCCUCCAACUUGACUUCCAGGCUCUCAGACUGCGUGGAGAGAUACGAUCCUAAAACCGAUGUGUGGACUGCAGUGGCCUCUAUGAGCAUCAGCAGAGAUGCGGUAGGCGUCUGUUUGCUUGGUGAUAAACUGUAUGCCGUUGGCGGCUACGAUGGACAGACUUAUCUUAAUACUGUGGAGGCUUAUGAUCCGCAAACAAACGAGUGGGCCCAGGUGGCUCCACUGUGCCUGGGAAGAGCUGGGGCUUGUGUGGUGACUGUAAAACUAUAAUUCCCUAAGUGAAGCUGUUCUCCUCCUUUAUGAAUCUAAUGCAGCUGUUCUGCGCUCAGUGGAUAUACUUCAUACUCCAUUGACUGCUACAUUCCUGGACACCAAGUCCCUGGUCGCACAGUAAAGAGGCUAACCCGUGGGAAAGAGGUGUAAACUAGAAUGAAAUACUUUUGGUCUUCUGAGUAAAUCAGAGCUGCCUCUAGUGGGCUGCGAGCGUCUGUCCUGACAGAAAAUGAGGCCAAAGGCACUGGUGUGAGGCAUCGCGCCAUGGUUACUGGGGCCUCAUCUAUUCUUAACCAAGCAUUUUCACUCACGUUACCCAGAUUCGCUUAUGAAAGUGCAAACACACCAGUUAAAACUUCUAAGGUUGUGCCUCAUAACUUUUUCUCAUACAUGCAUUUAUCAUACAUUAGUUGUAGUACGUUUUGCUUGUUCCCUUGAUUAUUUAACCACAAGCACUAUUUUAAUGACAUUCUAAAGACUCUAUUGCGUGAUAUUUUCUAAAACAGGUGCAUUUUGUGUGUGUGUCCCCUGGUUGUAGAUUUUAUUUCUAAAAUUGGUUCAAUCCCGUAAGUAAAGAAAAACAUUAAAACAUUAAAAGAAUAAUGACCAAAUAAAAACUUGACACAAUCUUUGGGAACUAUUAAACAUUCAUUCCAUGUCAUGGAGACUUGCCAAGUACUAGAUGUUAUUCCUAAAUUGAAGCGCUGUACUUUACGUUACAUUUAAGAUAUGCAAAUAUAUGUAGAGAAAAUAAAUGAUAUAUACUGUAUAAUGUUCUUUCAUCUACUUAGCUUUUAAUUAUGAAGAUUUUUUUUCUUUUAUAUCUUGAGAAAUGCUUUUACUUUUUACAAGGACAAGACUACUUGGACCUCCUUGCAUCCGCAAGUCUGCAUUUGCCCCCCUCCUACCCCCGCCCCCUACUUUCUUGUGUUUGUCACAGUGGCCCCUUGUGCUUGUUUGUACUCAAACUAUUGGGGGGAUUGGGCUUAUUGAAUGUUGACAAAAUAAGUUUAAAAUGUUUGUUACCCAAAGUUUUGUACAUUUGUAAACUCUAAUUACAUAGGUGAAUGUUAAUACUCUCAAUGAAUUAUUUAUUAUUUGCAAAAUGCACAGGGAAGUAACAUUUUGCUUUAAUCCUGUAAGAUAUGUCAUUAACUUAUUACAAAAUAUGAGUACAAACUAAAUGCCCAUCUUUUAAAAUAGAAUGUUGUGGUUAAUGUAUUUUUCAAUUUUCUAUCAGGAGAGCCUUUGUUUUAGUUGCUUUCUUUCAACAUUAAAACUAAAUUAACUUCU